GUUGAUCAGAAUGUAUCUAAGGUGUAUGUCGACCAUGCCAUAAAAUAACGGAUUUUUUUUUUUACAAUUAGCACAAAUUACAUGGAGGGUAUUGAGGUUGUAUUUGUAGAUCUUUACUAUUUUACAAAUUACAAAGAACGUUCCAUUUUUUUUUAUACUGACGGCUGAGGAAAUGUUGUCCAAUAGGCCUACUAUAAUCCUACAUUCCUGUAACCACUAAUUCCAAACAGAUAUGGCUCUACGAAUCAUUUAGUUAUCCAUAUGUUAUAGUUUAUUUUGGAGCCUACGUAUGCUUAUUUCUGUCUGUAUAAUUAGAGAGACACAAUAAUUAUUGUGUCAACUUAUACGAUUUUUUAAGUUGAGACACAAUGAUGCUGUAUUUUAUUCCCAAUGAUAGAGACAAAUGCUUUCGGAUUUAGUCCUUAACUAAAUCGGAGUAAAUCUAAACUGAACCGAUGCGGGGUCCCCAGACCAAGUGAGGUGCAGUUCUUGGUUUGCGCUACUGGUUCCUGGAGAGCGGGUCGGGUUCCUGGUGAGCGGGUCUGGUUCUGGUGGGCGGUUUGGGUUCCUGGGGAGCGGUACUGGUUCUUGCGGAGCUGAUCGCAGCUCGAGCCUCUGUCUGUCGUGCAGCGUGAUCAGGAAGUCCUCAGCGCUCCCUUACUGGAUCUCUUUCAACAGGGACGAAUGGGCUGAAAGAUGGAUGUCAACCGGAAGGAUUUCUACAUCGGUCUGUCUUUGGCGAUCGGAUCCAGUGUCUUUAUCGGGGCGAGCUUUAUUUUGAAAAAGAAAGGCUUGCUACGAUUGGCCAGCAAGGGUUCAAUGCGAGCAGGCCAGGGAGGUUAUUCGUACCUUAAAGAAUGGCUGUGGUGGGCGGGGCUGAUCUCAAUGGGUGUUGGCGAAGCUGCAAACUUUGCAGCAUAUGCGUUUGCACCUGCAACCCUUGUGACCCCUCUCGGAGCCAUGAGUGUACUCGUAAGUGCUGUGCUGUCCACCCAUUUUCUGAAUGAGAAGUUGAACGUCCAUGGAAAAGUGGGGUGCCUGUUGUGCAUCUUUGGCUCCACGGUGAUGGUGGUGCAUGCGCCCCAGGAGGAGGAGGUGGCCUCGCUCGGCAGCAUGGCUGAGAAGCUCAAAGACCCCGGCUUUAUUGUUUUCGCCACUUCCGUGGUUCUGAUCAGCCUGGUCCUCAUUUUCGCCGUGGCGCCCAAAUACGGCCAGAAGAACGUCCUGGUCUACAUCCUGAUCUGCUCCGUGAUUGGCUCGCUGUCCGUGUCCUGCGUGAAGGGCCUGGGCAUCAGCUUCAAGGAGCUGGUGGCCGGGACGGCCGUGCUUAAGGAGCCGCUCUUCUGGUGCCUGCUCGUCUGCCUGGUGAUCUGCGUGAGCGUCCAGAUCAGCUACCUGAACAAAGCGCUGGACAUCUUCAACACCUCCAUCGUCACGCCCAUCUACUACGUGUUCUUCACCACCUCGGUCAUGGCCUGCUCGGCCAUCCUCUUCAAGGAGUGGCUGCGCAUGAACACGGACGGCGUGGUGGGCACCGUCAGCGGGUUCCUCACCAUCGUCAUGGGGAUACUGCUGCUGCACGCCUUCAAGGACAUCCCCUUCACCUGGGAGACGCUGCCGCUGUACCUGAGGAACGGCCUGCAGGGGGCGCCCUGGCAUCAGCUCCCCUACGCAGCCCUCCUCCCCGAACACCAGAGCGAGAAGGCGGAGGAGGGCGGGCCGACGAUGGGGGGGUAUCCCCCAGGAAGCCCUGUGAGGAGGAAGGGCAGCCUUGGGGCGGUCUAGCCACUAACACCCCCCCCCCCCCCCCCCCCCAAAGAAAGUAUUGCAUUUUAUAUUUGACUCGCUGACCUUUCUAGCUCGGCAACUGUAGCGUUGACUUUUUUUUUUUUUUUCUUCAAAAGGUGCGUCUGCUUGCUGUGAGCAUACACAACUGAUCACUUAUUUUACUAUCUGAAUGUUAUGGUUUUUUUGACACUAUCACACUUUUGACACUAUCGCCUAUUUCAGUGAAUUGUGAAUGUGUAAUCAUACAAUCCCAAUGCUCACUUUGAGUUAACAUUUAAAUUCACUUAAGCCAUUUUUUUUAAAUGGCAAAGCAUAUAUGCGUCAUUUGCACCUAAAGUUAAUUUAUUUGCCAAUAUACCAAUGAGACCAUAUCUCCUGAUGGUCUUCCUUUUUAAGUCACUGAAUGACCCCAGAACUAGCUUUGAAUAAUGGACUGUUCUUGAGUAUCCUAUUUGGAUCAGUCCAUUCGAUGUAACACCCUUGAUAUACCGUGAUGUGCCUUAAACAGAUGUGGUUUCAACUGACAUAUUCUUUAUUGCAUAUGUACAUUAACAUUGUUAACGAAGAUCAUGUAUGUUAUCAAUAAAGACACUGAUAACACCCACUUGGACCAAAACAGCAGUGAUGUGGGCCAUUUGUAGGACAGCACGGUAGACCCAAUGUGGCCCACAUCCUAUAGGCUUCCCCGCUCGUCAACUAGAUUCAAAGGCUGAUUCAAUGCGGGUUCACAUCGCGCCAAAACAGGUGUCCAAUGAAGUUUGAAACCCAACUGCUGUAAAGAAUAACAUGAAACGUUUCCUAGCCAUGGCAACAUUAAAAGACUUUCAGUCCACAAACGACACGCAUAUUACCCAUUGAGGGGGGCAAUCAAUGGCUUGACAUGCGUACAACUCCUGAUGACCGGAUACGUGCGUUCGCUUGAGGCCCUUGUAUCAAACCCAACAUGUUUUACUCUCUUCAGGUUGCUGGGACGGUUCUCAUGUUAGUCAGUACUGGAGGUGGGCGGGGCCAAAGGUGGUACGCGUCCGUUUUGUCCGUCCUUUAACAGGACAGCGUUUAUUCCGACAUGGAUUCUGAGAACGAACCUCUACUCCUCUGCGUCUGUUCGAGCCUGUUCAGGAUGAACUGGCUCG